CUUGAAUGCAGUCGUCUUACCAUCUGUAUACAACUGAGAAUUACUUACUUGUCUCUGUCUACAACAUUCGCUAACAUAUUACAUUUAUGACGGGUUUGCAGCUUACCAGAGGCCCCCGGCCGCUGAGUUGUAAUACCUAACACCAGUACGUACUAGCCAAGCCCUCGAUAGGGGCCUAGCCCUCCAAACGUGCAAAAUUUACGCGUUGUGACAGUCUGUGUACACUUGUUUCUCCGUGCCGAAAUUUUGUGCUGAUCACACUUCCGCCGUUGGUCUACCCACACCAGGCUCUAGCUUCUCUCCCGCUUCCACCCUAGCCCUUCCUCCUUCUACCCUCUCUUUCUUCGCUGAAAUGUCUCCUCCCAUGUCUGGUAAAGGAAAAGAGUCUGGAACGGCUCGUGUCCUGGGGUCCGCGGCGUCAGGGUUUGCUGAGCUUGCCAUCUUCCAUCCCGUCGACACCGUCGCAAAGCGCCUGAUGAGCAACAAGGCCCAGCUCACCAUGGCCUCUGCGAACCCCAUCAUCUUCCGCGAGCACGCGACCGCGUCCGUGCCGCGGAAGCUCAUGUCGCUGUUCCCGGGUCUCGGGUACGCCGCGGGGUACAAGGUCGCUCAGCGAGUGUACAAGUUCGGUGGCCAGCCGUGGUUCAACGACUUGAUCAACAAGCACUACAAGCAGGAGUUCAACAACACGUUUGGAGAGCGCAAGGCGAAGCUUAUGAUGCAGGCGACCGCUGGCAGUUUGACCGGAAUUGGUGAAGUUGUGCUUCUCCCCUUGGACGCCCUCAAAAUCAAGCGCCAAGUCAACCCCGAAGCGUUCCGGGGCCGUGGCGUCGUGCGUAUCUUCCUCGAGGAGGGAACGACGCUGUACCGUGGUUGGGGCUGGACGAUGGCCCGCAACGCACCUGGUAGUUUCGCGCUGUUCGGUGCCUCCGCCGUCACGAAAGACUACGUCCUCGGCGUCUCGGACUACUCGAAAGCGACGUGGACACAGAAUUUCAUUGCGUCCAUCGCCGGUGCCGUCGCGUCCAUCACCGUCGCAGCGCCAUUAGACGUUGUGAAGACACGGAUCCAGAACGCCAACUUUGAGCAGAAGGUGCCCGGUGUCACCGUCGUGCGGGAGUUGCUGAGGAACGAGGGCCCGACAGCUUUCUUCAAAGGUCUCACUCCCAAGAUCUUGGUUGUCGGGCCCAAGCUGGUGUUCAGCUAUACCCUUGCGCAAUCCUUGAUUCCCUUCUUUGCUCAAUACGUCUGAGCACCAAAUUUAUGACCUCCACCUGGAAUCACCCUCAUU